AUGCCACAGAGCACUUCCUACAGCUGCAUGGGGUACAUGCUGUUGGUACUUUGCAGCCUGAGGGCUAACCUCGCCUUUCCAAACUCCUCUCCACUGCUGAAUCCCAGCUGGGGGAAUGGAGAUCACCUGAUGCACCUCUACACAGAUACAGAGAGGAACAGCUUCCAUCUCCAAAUCAAUGCUGAUGGCUACAUUGAUGGUGCUCCUCACCAAACCAUUUACAGUGCCCUGAUGAUCAAAUCCAAGGGUGCUGGCUCAGUAAUAAUCACGGGUGUGAAGAGUGGACGCUACCUAUGCAUGGACAUGAGAGGAAACAUUUUUGGUUCACAUUACUUCAGUCAAGAGGACUGUGUGUUCAGCCACAGGACACUGGAAAAUGGAUAUGAUGUGUACCAAUCUCCCAAACACAACUUCCUGGUUAGCUUAGGCAGAGUUAAACAAGCUUUCUUCCCUGGUAUGAAUCCACCGCCAUACUCUCAGUUUUUGUCCAGGAGAAAUGAAAUCCCUCUGUUUCGAUUCAACACGCCUGAGCCUCACAGGAAUACUAGAAGUGCAGAUAUUGAUCCAAUGGAUCCUCAUCAAAUCCUGGUCCCGCAGAGAAAGAUCUCCACGUUCAGAUCUUCAUUGCAUCAGCAAACAGACUUUUCCCACAUGCCCAGAGAGCCCAUGAGAAUAAACCAGAACGACGUGGUCAACCCAGAUGACCCACACGCUAUGAUGGAUGCCAGGAGGUACCCAAGCCCUCGCUUUUAUGGUACAAGAUAA